AUGCGUGACCCCUGCCCCGAACACGAUGUCCUCUACAAGACACGCCCCCAGGGGAUCGUGUGCACGUGUGCGCUUGGAGCGGAUCGCGGAGUCAAAAACGCUCGCGCCCGUCGCACCCAGCGCAGCACUCGCCAAAUCGUCCUGCCCACCGCCUUUGAAAUCCAGGACAACCGUACUACCCAGAUGAACCAACUGGCCGUCCCGGCUACCGUACCUCCUCAGAGGGUCGAGAUCAAGGGGAUUGGGCAAGAGUCUUCUACCACAGUGCUGGAGCAACUGCAAGCCGCUGACUCGUCCGUCACUCUUCGCGAAGUGUUGCAGAAAUGGCCGCAAGACACGUCGUCUUCCAGGGAUGGAAAGUCAGCUUCGGACGAGCCGAAGCCCGUGACAUUUCCCGUCGGGAGAGUGACUGCGAAGAAGCGUGUGGCUCCCGAGGUCAAGUCCGGAAACAGCUCCGCU